AUGGUUUGGUCGGAACUAUCUUCGGAACCUUUAAGUCCACCACCUCCCUUUACAGAAACUGACCAAAAUGAUCUAAACAGAUUAACUCAUGAUAGAGCACCCGCUUACUCUUUUUAUCCGUCAACCUCUGGUUCAUGUUUUGAACUUCAUACCCUUGGCAGCGUUCUUUAUACAAAAGAUAAAUUUCUUUGUGGGGAUAUCCUUGACGACAGAUAUUUUCUCUUGGGAACUAAUGCUGGCUUAGAUUUUAUAGAUUUAUUUCUUCCUUCCGAACAACAAACACCAAAAAGAAUUAUACAUGAUGUGCGGUUUAAGCAAAUAUCGGUUUUACAAACUGGUCGAUACAGAGCUUUAUUAGCUCUAGCAGGAAAAAACAAUCAUAUAAGAUGUUAUGACUUAUGUAGUUUGCGAUUAUUAAUACGAAGUAAAAUAUCACGUCAAACGAUUCAAGUUAUCCCAAAAACGUCAACUCCUCCAAGGUCACCAGUAAGUCAUGGAAGAUCAAGAUCCAUAGAUUUUUCAAUUUUAGAUCUAAAUUCACAAAAUAUAGGAACUGAACUUCCCGAUAUACCAUUAAGAAGGUCAACAACCUUGGAUGACUUGGAUAUAAUUCCCAAUAAUUACUCAUCUGCAGCAAGUUCUUCAAGUUCUUUACAAGAAAGUGAAAUAAAUGAUAAUUCCUUUAGACCUUCAAGUCUUCCUUCACCUCGACAUCUUCGACGACAUACGCGACAUUCUAGUCAUCAGAAUCCACUAUCAUUAAUAACAAAUUCUGUCGCUUCAGCAGAAGUACAUGAAAAGCAACAAAAUCUUCCCGUUCAAUGGUCAUCAGAUUAUUUUAAACUUCCUGGUACAAGGAUGGCCCUUUCAUUUGUUGUAAGAAAUGGACCAUUGAGAACGUACCUCGCUGUUUUAUCAAAACAAAAUAUUUUCUUGUUUGAAUUAGAUUUUGGUGACGCAACGAGAGGACCAGAAUUUUUACAUACUAGAACUUAUUGGUUACCUCAAACUCCGAAAUUUCUUCAAAUGUCUGUACAUGAAGAUCAAUUAAUUGAUAUCAUUGCGGUCUUUCAUACGGAAGUUAUAUGUAUAGGCAUUGAAGAUGCACGUGUGAGAGAAAUUUCAAUUUCAGAAGAAUUACGUUCCCCUGAUUUAAUUAAUAAUUCUUCAAAUGAUUCAGAAAAUAUGACUUGGCAAACAUUUACACAACUUCCUUGGAUUCCAACCCUUGAUCCAGAAUUUGUCUCCGAAUGUUUUACAAUUCCGCCUCCUUAUAAUUUGAUCAUAAAUGAAGAUCCUUCAGCAAUGUUAAAUCCCAUACCGGUAUUUGAGACGGGAAAUAUUGACUCUUUAUUUUUUGCUACUUUUGGAUCAAAGUCAAUGAUAGUUGAUUCUAAAGGGAGACCAUUUUCUACAAUCGUAUUUCAAUGGACUUAUCCACCUUUGCAAGUUGAAUUUCUUAAACCUUCGCAGGCUGAAGGUGAAUCUUAUGUAGUUGGAUUCGGUAAAAAUAUGGUUGAAGUAAGAAGUUUUAACACUGGAAGAAUUGUUGAAAAUGUCGUGAGGGGGGUUGAUGUUGUUCAUUUAGGUAGAGGACGAAAUCGUGAAGUUAUAUGGGGAUGUUCCUUUAAUAAAGGUUCAAAAGGUGUAUGUUUAUAUAAAUUAGAUGGCCCACGCAAAUGA